UACUUGGUUAUUGACCAUAGGACUCAUUAGUGACUCUCCCUUGACUGCAAUUAAUAGUGUAGAUUCGGGGCGUCACAGAGAUUGUUGGAAAAUUGCAAGAAAAUGGAAAAAAAAGAAAGAAGAGGUUUCAGGUGGGAAAAUGAUGGACCAUCAAAUGAGUGAAGAGAUCCAUACACAAAGAAGGGUAAGGGAACUAAGCAUAAUACUGCAGUGCAUGAACCAAGUACUUUGACUUCACAAUCCAACUAUUUUUCUAUACUUGAUGAAUGCACAGUGAAAGAUGGGGUUUAUAAAGGGUGUGGCCCUUAGUUGCACGAAGUGGGGCCGGUGGCUGGGAUGGAACCGCACUGUCAUGGUGCACUGCUAGGUUGGGAGCGCCUCCGGGAGAGCUUUGUAUUAUGUGUAUAUAUAAUGGGGUCGAUAUGUUUGGCAAGCGUGUUGGUUUUGUUAAGUUCAAUGCAGAUGUGGUUGAUAAGGCAACAGGAAAGAAGGUUCCAGGUAUUGUGUUUGCACGUGGGCCAGCAGUAGCUGUGCUGAUCCUUUUGGAGUCGGAUGGCAAGACUUAUGCUGUGCUUACUGAGCAAGGUACCUGUUGGAAGGCUUAUUUUGGAAUUACCAGCUGGAAUGUUGAAUGGUGACAACGGUGAUUUUGUGGGUACAGCAAUUCGGGAGGUCUCUCUCUCUCUCUCUCUCUCUCAUAUAUAUAAAUAGCUAGUGCAUGAAUGUGAGCAUCUUAUUGGCUGCACAUAGCAAUGAUGAGUUUAGCAUAGGGUUAUGCUCUGGCAAUAAUUUUAGCCCAGUUCCAUGUCAUUAUUGGUUACAUGGUGUUUCUUCACUUCAACCUUUUUAUUAGUUGGUCAUUGCCUAAUAGCUUGCAGAAUAUACUUUUCAUCCCAUUCUUUUGUUGUGUUUUUCUUCUUUUAUUUUUUACCUUGCGUCAUGAUUCUUGUGUUACUUUUAUGUGGCAGGAAGCCAUAGCUUGUCAUUUGUAGUUUUGGUUUAGUAACAUAAUUACAAUCUUGAAAUUUCUUCCUACCUUUGUUUUAUUUGGGUGCUAUCUAGUAUUUUCCUUGAGUUCUUUUUUUAUGGCUUUAUCUUUUUUGUUUUUG